CUGCAUGCUUUCAAACAUCCAGUACAGAAAUUCUGUCAAGCUUCGGACGUCAACGAAAAGAGGAGACAACCUUUGAACAUUUCACGUCCACGCGCUCAUUCCUCACCAACACGGUGACUUUGGGAGAGGUUUUUGGAUACCACUGACCUUACCGGGACGUUGAACGCGCGGCACUGCUGGAGAUUACUGAAGAAAAAAGUGGAAGUUUUAUGUAAACUUCUUAUCGGUUUUACCUGUCCCAUCCCGACUGCGCCUCCGUCUGACUCUUCAGCGUUCCCAGUGUGAACUGACCAACUGUCCAAACCAGUCCAACCCAGCUCAAAGAGGUCACUGGGGUCGUGUGAACAUGGCUCGUCUGAGUGUCUGUGUGUCUGUCCUGGUGGCCCUAGCUACCCUGGCUGCCGCAAGACCUAAAGCAGGUCCAGAGCAGAAGUGCAAGUCAGGCCCGGUGGACCUGAUCUUCAUCAUCGACAGCUCUCGUAGCGUGCGGCCCCACGAGUUUGAGACCAUGAGGAAGUUCAUGAUCGACAUCAUCCACACGCUGGACGUAGGAGCCAACACCACCAGAGUGGGAGUGGUCCAGUACUCCAGUCAGGUCCAGAGUGAGUUCUCCCUGAAGACUUACUCCAAGCUGGAAGACAUGGUGAAGGGCAUCAACGAGAUCAUCCCACUGGCACAGGGCACCAUGACUGGCUUGGCCAUCAAGUAUACCAUGAACGUGGCCUUCACCGCUGACGAGGGCGACCGUGCCAAAGUGCCCAACGUGGCUGUCAUUGUGACGGACGGGCGGCCCCAGGACCGCGUGGCUGAGGUGGCGGCCGAGGCGAGGGAGAAGGGCAUCAAGAUCUUCGCUGUGGGUGUGGCCAGGGCGGAUAUGACAUCACUGAGAGCCAUGGCUUCACCACCAUUCGAAGACCAUGUGUUCCAGGUGGAGUCAUUUGAUAUGAUCCACCAGUUCGGCUUUCAGUUCCAGGACAAGCUCUGUGGUGUGGACCUGUGUCUGGAGUCAGACCACGGCUGUGAGCACAUCUGCGAAAGCUCUCCUGGCUCCUUCCAAUGCAUCUGUCUGCCAGGGUACACACUGAAUGAGGACGGCAUGACCUGCUCAGCCAUAGACCUGUGUGCUGAGGGAAAGCAUGACUGUGAGCAGAUCUGUAUCAGCUCACCAGGGUCCUUCACCUGUGACUGCAACGCCGGGUACAAACUCAACGACGACAAGAAGACAUGCAUGAUGAUCGACUACUGUUCGUUUGGCAACCACAGCUGUGAUCACGAGUGUGUGAGCGUGCUCAGUGGCUACCACUGUCGCUGUAAUGAGGGGUACAAUCUCCUCGAAGACGGCAAGACGUGCCAGCCCAUAGACCUGUGUGCUGAGGGAAAGCAUGACUGUGAGCAGAUCUGUAUCAGCUCACCAGGGUCCUUCACCUGUGACUGCAACGCCGGGUACAAACUCAACGACGACAAGAAGACAUGCUCAACGAUAGACCUGUGUGCUGAGGGAAAGCAUGACUGUGAGCAGAUCUGUAUCAGCUCACCAGGGUCCUUCAGCUGUGACUGCAACGCCGGGUACAAACUCAACGACGACAAGAAGACAUGCACAAACCUGGACCUGUGUAACAGUGUGGAGCACGGCUGUGAGCACCAGUGUGUCAGCACCCCUGGAUCCUACUACUGUAUCUGCCCCGAGGGACAGCUGCUGCAGGAGAACGGCAAGACCUGUGGCACCUGCAAGUCAGCCAACAUUGAUCUGGUUCUGAUCAUCGACGGCUCCAAGAGUGUCCGUCCCCAGAACUUUGAGCUGGUGAAGCAGUUUGUGAACCAGGUGGUGGACUCCCUGGAUGUGUCAGUCCACGGGACUCGUGUGGGUCUGGUCCAGUACUCCAGCCGGGUCAGGACAGAGUUCCCCCUCAACAUGUACCACACGGCUGACGAGAUCAAAGCUGCUGUUAUGAAGGUGGAUUACAUGGAGAAGGGCACCAUGACAGGUCUGGCUCUGAAGCACCUGGUGGAGAACAGCUUCUCAGAGGCUGAAGGGGCCCGCGCCGCCAACCGCAACAUCCCUCGCGUAGGCCUCGUCUUCACCGAUGGGAGAUCCCAGGAUGACAUCACCGAGUUUGCGAAGAAGGCCAAAGAAGCAGGUAUCACCAUGUAUGCUGUGGGCGUUGGGAAGGCUGUGGAGGAUGAGCUCCGUGAGAUCGCCUCAGAGCCUGUUGACAAACACUUCUACUACACCACAGACUUCUCAGCCAUCAACACCAUUGCCGAGAACCUCAAGCUCAACGUCUGCGCAGAUGGACCAUCACCUGCAACUGUGGAUGUUUAUGACCCUUAG